UAAUUAUAUGUUACUUAGUUGAAGUUGCCCUUUGUACAACCAUAUCCAUAUAAUAUUGAGAAGCAACUUCCAACACAGAAUCAUGGAGACCUGGUUCAUCACUCUCGUAUCUAUCUCCAUAUGCUUGUUAAUCAGAGCAACCCUCUCCAUAAUCACUACCAAAAACAAUAACAAAAGCAUAAUAACCACCCCACUCCCACCUGGCCCACCACACAUACCAAUCAUCACAAGCAUCCUAUGGCUAACUAAAUCAUUCUCACAACUCGAACCUUUUCUCCAAACUCUCCACGCCAAACACGGCCCUAUCAUCACUCUCCGUAUCGGUUCACGUCCUUCCGUUUUCAUCUCCGACCGUACUCUCGCCCACCACGCUCUCGUCCACAACUCCUCCCUCUUCUCCGACCGCCCCAAAUCUCUUCCCACUAACAAAAUCAUCUCAAGCAACCAACACAACAUAAGUUCCGCAUCUUACGGUGCCACGUGGCGCACUCUCCGUCGUAACCUCGCUUCUGAGAUGCUACACCCUUCCCGUAUCAAAUCAUUUUCCGAAAUUCGUAAGUGGGUCCUACACACGCUCAUUAACCGUCUCAAUUCUGUUUCAUCAACCGAUUCUGUUACGGUCGUUGAACACUUUCAAUAUGCUAUGUUUUGUUUACUUGUUUUUAUGUGUUUUGGUGAAAGAGUUAACGAUGAUAAAAUAAGUGAUAUUGAGCGUGUUCAACGGGACCUUCUUUUGAGUCUUAAUAAAUUCAAUAUUUUAAAUUUUUGGCCCAACGUUACUCGGAUUUUGUUCCGUAAACGUUGGGACUUGUUGAUGAAAUUGCGUAAGGAUCAAAAUGAUGUUCUGCUUCCUCUGGUAAUUCAGAGGAAGCAAAUUAAAGAAAAUAGAAUUGGUAAUAACAACAACAACAACAGUGUUGUUUCGUAUGUGGAUACUCUUUUGGAAUUGGAAUUGCCGGAGGAAAAACGGAAGUUGAAUGAAGAUGAAAUUAUUAGUCUCUGUUCGGAGUUUUUGAACGCCGGUACAGAUACUACUUCGACAGCUUUGCAGUGGAUUAUGGCAAAUUUGGUGAAGUAUCCGAAUGUGCAGAGGAGACUUGUGGAGGAGAUUAAGGAGGUGAUGGGUGGUGGUAAUGGAGAGAAAAAGAAGGAGGAAGUGGAAGAGGAAGAUUUGCAUAAAAUGAAGUAUUUGAAGUGUGUGGUUUUGGAAGGGUUAAGGCGUCAUCCACCGGGGCAUUUUGUGUUGCCACACGCGGUGACUGAGGAUGUGGUUUUGAAUGGUUAUUUGGUGCCUAAAAAUGGGACGGUGAAUUUUAUGGUGGCGGAGAUGGGGUGGGAUCCUCGUGUUUGGGAGGAUCCAAUGGAGUUUAAGCCAGAGAGGUUUUUGAAAGAGGAAACUUUUGAUAUUACAGGGAGUAAAGAGAUUAAGAUGAUGCCGUUUGGAGCUGGGAGGAGAAUUUGUCCUGGAUAUAAUUUAGCUUUGCUUCAUUUGGAAUAUUUUGUGGCUAAUUUGAUUUGGAAUUUUGAUUGGAAGGUUCCCGAGGGUGGAUAUGUUGAUUUGUCGGAGAAACAGGAAUUUACUAUGGUCAUGAAAAAUCCAUUGCAAGUUCAUAUUUCUCCAAGGAUCUUCUAGAUUUUGUGUUAUUGGAGUGUGUAAUUAACAAUAACAUGUAUGGUUUAGUUGUUGUUGAAAAGUAAAAUGUAUGAAGUAGUGUCCGUGUAUACAACUUUGUGUAAACUAUCCUAGAUUCUCUGCUUGGCAAUGUCAUUUAACAGCAGGGGAAGAUUAUAUGUAGUUGCUUCAUUUGGCUCAUCCAAUUAUCCCUUAUUGUAGUUGUUCAUUCUUAUGUAUCUUUGAAUAAAACAAAUUACAUGUCAAGAUGCUUUCAAUGUAAAAAGUAUGUUUCUUGUUGUAAUAUUAAAGUUGUUUUGGUUUGAUUCUUCACUUGAGGCACAUUGUAGCCUCUUGAUGACUGAUUUUGAUAUAUGUGUAUUUUACGACUGAG